UUUUCUUUCUCUAUCUUCCAGCAUGGUGAGACGGAAUCUGGGUCCCUCCACUCGGUCUGUCUAUAUAUGUCUGGCUUGCCUCUCUGUCGCUCUGCACCUCAUUCUGGCAUUCUUUUGCCUCGCUGUCCUCCAGACGGCUUGCGUCCUUCCCAAGCAUCAUCCGGUCUCCUCCUCUUCAUAUAAACUAUCGAUAAGUUCUGAGAAUGACACAUUUCACAAGUUAAAUGCGACCAGGUUGCCUGCGGUCAUCGGCGCGGAGAAGAAAGUGGUAAAUCAAGUCGUCAAGAUCGACUCGAAGCUGGAGGCGCUUUACCUGCACCCGCUGUACAACCUGCCAGGACCCGAGUUGCUGGAGGACGACUGGCUGCUCCGGGUGAAGACAAAUGAGGACGCAAGGGACACAGACAAUGGCGGUGAUGACAAGGAGGAAGGCAUCGAUAGUGACAGUCGGUGGCAGAGUGCAAGUCAGGAGGAAGGUUAUGACAAAGUCUCUUGGAGCACCAAUGCCGAGACGCACCCGCCCUGGCUGCGCUUCCACUUGGGCAUCACGCGGUGGCGACUCUACAACAGGGAGGACGCCGCUCUUGCAAAGCUGACUCACUAUUUGGCGACGCAACACAUUCUCGGAGCAGUUCAAAAAUCCGGAGGUACUCAACUCAAACUGCUCAUAUCCUUCCCAAACUACGGACAAGCUCUGCUAAAACCCAUGAAACAGUCCAGAGAUGCAGAGACCGACGUGAACCUCUUCUACUUCUCUGACUUUGAAAGACACAACGCAGAGAUCUCGGCUUUUCAUCUUGACAGACUGCUGGGCUUCAAUAGAAUCCCUCCGGUGGUCGGUCGUCUCAUCAACAUCACCAGAGAGAUCAGAGAGAUUACCACGGACCGCAAGUUAUCUCGUACCUUCUUUACUUCCCCUGCGGGGAAUGUGUGUUUCUACGGCCAGUGUGAGUACUACUGCUCAACAGAACACCCGCUGUGCGGCCAGCCACACUCGCUGGAGGCGUCCUUGGCCGCCAUGCUACCCGACCUCGGCCUCGCUCCUCGCAGGUCAUGGAGGUCACCGUGGAGACGAUCCUACAGUCGCACCAAGUUGGCGCAGUGGGAGAAAGACCCAGUCUAUUGUGACACGGUCAAAGAAACGCCUCCUUAUAACCACGGCACCAGACUGGUGGAUGUUAUCGACAUGGCCAUAUUGGACUUCCUCAUGAGCAACAUGGAUAGACAUCACUAUGAAACGUUUGAGAAAUUCGGCAAUGACACUUUCCUGCUUCAUCUGGAUAAUGGACGAGCGUUUGGACGUCACUCUCAAGAUGAGAUAUCCAUUCUAGCUCCUUUGCAGCAGUGCUGCAGGAUCCGUCGCUCCACCCUCCUCCGCUUACGCCUCUUGUCCCUUCCGGACUUCCGCCUGAGCGAUGUCAUGAGGGAAUCUCUGGGCCAAGAUCCUUUGGCAGCCGUGGCGCCCUUACUCGCUGAGCCACACCUGAACGCUUUGGAUCGACGCCUGGGAACAGUCUUGCAAGUGGUGAAGACCUGUCAGGAGGAACAUGAUGAUGUUGUUUUUAAUGACUUGGGAGCAUACAAGGAAGAACACGAGCAUCAGAGUAAAUAA